AGUGUCAGGGAGGUGGGGCUGAUGCUAGAAAGAACAGCACACGGAGUUUCCAGAAAGGUCAGCUGUACUCUUAGUUCAUCCCGUACAAGAGAGGGGGUGAGUAGGAGGCGAAUAGCAACACAGGACAUCAGACAUGGAAAUAGCAGAGAAGGUCCUGAGCAUAGCCCAGGUCAUCUACACCCAGUGUGAACAUGUGAAGUACUGUCAGUCCCAGUGCAAACGCCUCAGGGACCGCAUUCAAACCCUAAUGAGACCUAUAAUGACUCUCAAGGCGCAGACUCCACAACAAAUCUCCCCUCAAGUAGAAAAGACCCUGAAGGGACUGUUGAAGACUUUGGAGAAGGCCCAGGAGCUGGUGACAAAGUACAGCCAGAAGACAUGGCUACAGAAGUUCUUUCAAGCCAGUGAUAUUAAAGAAGAGUUCAUGCAGGUGAAUGUGUGUCUUGGAGAUGCUGCUCAAGGGCUCUCACUCCUACUGCAGGCUGAGCAGCAGCAGUCCUUCCUAAAGGUCUUCCAGCAAGACACCUGCAACAAGGAGGAUGACAAGGACAUCAAGGCCGAUAAGGCCUUCUUGGAAGAGCUGCUUGCAAGCAGCAAAGAAACAAGAGAUGCAGUGGAUGAUGUCCAUAACAGUGUGAAAAAUGUGGAUGGCAAGGUGGAAGAACUUACCCAAAUGGUGAAAAUGUUUGUAGAAGAAUCAAGCAUGAAACAAGACAACACAGUUCCAAGAAAGGAAGUAGUUGAGAUUAUUAUAGAGAAUCUAAUUAAGACCCCAUGGACCCUCCUGACGGAAACCAGAAGCCAUGUGAUUUACAAAGGAGAGUACCACAAAUGCCCUGUUGCCAUCAAAGUCUUCCAAAAUCCAGUAAUCACCUGUGCCAUGACAGUGAGGGACAUUUUCAAGAAGGAGAUUGAAACCAUGAAGAUCUUUGAAUCUCCAAACAUCCUCCGUAUGUAUGGAAUAUGCAUUGAUGAGAGAGAGUCAAGACCUCAUUUCUCUAUUGUUAUGGAGUAUUGUAGAUAUGGGACCUUGAGAGAGGUCUUAACAAAAAACCCUGAGCUCUCCUGGGAUGAUCGCAUUCAGAUGGCACUGGAUGUAGCCAGAGGUGUCUACAGGUUGCAUCAUACAGAGGUGAAGCCUAGAUUGCAUGGAAGUAUCAGUAGCAUCAAGUUCCUUGUUGCUGAAGGUUACCGUGUGAAGCUGUCAGGAUUUGAGUUAUGUAAAACAGAGUCCUCCAUCAAACGGAACUACAAAGAAAAGAAAUCAAGACAAGUCUCUCCCUCAGCCUAUACCUCCCCUCAGGGCCUGGCCUCAUUGAGCCACAUCUAUGACUUGCACAGUGAAAUAUACAGCUUGGGGAUUGUGCUGUGGGAAAUUGCGACUGGCAAAAUUCCAUUUGAAGGGUGCAGCACCAAAGAUAUCUAUCAGAAAGUUUACAAGGAAUGUUACCAAGACCCUCUUGGAGAAGAUUGCCCCUCCAAACUGCAAGAGGUCAUCAAUCAGUGCCGGGCCUUUGAACCUUCACAACGCCCAUCUGCUGAAGAGAUUGUGGACUCUCUUUCCUGUAUGACAAAAUAAACACAGCACACUAAUUGUAGAAGACCGACUCGACCUACCAACAGAAGAAGAUAGCCAAACCCAUUUCAGACCAAAAGUAUUGGAGGUCACAUCUCAAUCUACUUUCUCUUGAGCAUAAAACCUGUCUCUUUUUCCCACAUACAAAGACUUAUUUUUUUUAAAAGCACUUUGAUCUAUCCUUCACUUUGAAUGCACAACUCAGAGCUUGCAGAUAGUUGUGUCUCUUUUUUGCAUCAGCAAACUGUUAAGGCUAAGUGUUACAACUUCCAAAGGCAUUUCUUCCAGCCCCACUCCUGCAGUUUCAAGAACGAAUAUAAACCAAAAAGCCUGUA